UACAGUACCGGACACAUUAGCCAAAGACACAGACAGAGGGAGGCGGGGGAAUCGACUGUGAGUGACGUCACCUCUCCCAUGGCGUCACAUUGACGUAGCGCAUACCAUCCAGCUUGAUGUGUAGGCAGAGCCUCAUAAAUGCACUAUUUGACUUUCUCCGCUCAGACGGCGCGCAUAAACAAACUCGCGUUACAACAGCACACUCUGCAAAGCACCACUAUCAGCACUGACACACUCCGCUCACAGGAACGGACGCUGACACACUCCUCACACUCGGGAGGUUUGACUUUUUUUAAAAAACAAAACAUUUUAUAUAGUUGUUUUUUUCUACUUUUCUUACUUUAGAAAAAAAAAAGUUAUUUCCCACCGAUGCAUCCUGUAAGCGACAUAUCAUUUAUUACGCCGUUUUUAUCGUCACGUUUAUUUUUGAGCUUUUAAGCUGAAUAUUAUUUUCCACUUCGCUUCGGCUCUUGGUGAAUAUUCUGGAUGGAAAUAGGAUACUUCACAAGAGGUUAUUACCACAUGUAAAGACGGAACCGCUACGGCAAACCAACACAGGUUCAGAAGAGUGCGUCCAGCUGAGCUCGGAGUCCCGGCGACCGGACACUUCUUCUGCAACACUCGCCGAACCCUCCUCCUCCUCCUCCCCGAUCCAGAAGCCCUGUCCCGGCAGCAGCCACGCCAGCCCUCCAUCCCGGACACCCAGCACCAUUCAGCGCGAAGCUCUCUCACCAGAUCUAUGGCAUUCUGACAAUGAACAGGCGCACUCAGUUAUUGGAACAGCUGCAGUUUGUCCAGUUGAAAUGCACACCUCGAGACAUGCCCUGUGUGCAGGCUCAGUACGGGCCCGCCCCUCCAGGCUCAGCCUACUCAGGCCAGUCCUUCAGUUACCAGGGCGAGAGUUACAGCUCCGACCUCAUGACUCCCGACUACACCAAGCUGGACCUGGGCGGGGGUGAAAUCUCCGCCGCUGCCACCACCUCACUCCCCAGCUUCAACGUUUUCGUGGACGGAAGCUACGAGCCCAAGUCUUCUUGCCUCUAUCAGAUGCCCAUGCACAGGCCCACCAUCAAGAAGGAGGAGGACAGCUACCCCACAGCUUCACCACUGGAGACCAUGUCCUCCUCCACCAUGUACUUUAAACAGUCACCUCCUUCUACUCCCACUACCCCUUCUCUGCCACCACAACACGGCGCCUCCUUUCUCUGGGAGGAACACUCCCUGGCUCCCCCGUCGCAUCCCCACUCUCUGGGCUCCAGCCUAGAAACAGGCCCACUCAAGUCACCCCGCUUCUCCCACUUCUACCAGCACUCGCCUCCCCACAGUGGAGGCAGCAUCAGCGGUUUUGAAAGUCUGGGAGGUGGCCUGCCAAGGACCUCCUCAUCAUCUUCGUCCUCUUCGUCCUCAGUGUCACAUCCUCAUGGUCCAGCUCUGGAGCAGCCCAUGUACCAGCUGCACCGCGGGGCUGCGAGCGGUAGCCUGGCCUUCCGCUCCCUGGCUCUCGGGCCCUGUGGCCCUCUUCUGGGGGACAGCCUGCCCUCACCGCCUCAACGUGGCCCUCAAGGAGAAGGCACCUGUGCCGUGUGUGGGGACAACGCCGCCUGCCAGCACUACGGUGUACGCACCUGUGAAGGCUGCAAAGGCUUCUUCAAGCGCACCGUGCAGAAAAACGCCAAGUACGUGUGUCUGGCCAGUAAGAACUGUCCUGUGGACAAGAGGAGACGCAACCGCUGCCAGUACUGCCGCUUCCAGAAGUGUCUGAGUGUGGGCAUGGUGAAAGAAGUGGUUCGUACCGACAGCUUGAAGGGUCGCAGAGGUCGUCUUCCUUCCAAACCAAAGAGCCCGCUGCAGACAGAAGCCUCUCCACCUUCUCCACCGCUCAGCCUGCUCUCUGCUCUGCUCAGGGCCUAUUCCCACUGCACGCCCCGAGAAUUUGACUACAGCCAGUUCAGUGCUGCUGACCCUCCUUCCUCCUCUUCAGACGCCGAGCACAUCCAGCUCUUCUACAGGCUGUUAACCAUCUCGAUGGAGACCACACGGUGCUGGGCGGAACGGCUUCCCGGAUUCUCCGACCUCCAGAGAGAUGAUCAGAACUUGCUGGUUGACUCUGCCUUUCUGGAGCUGUUUGUCUUGAGACUGGCUCACAGGUCAAUGAUGUCAGAGGACAAACUAGUGUUCUGUAAUGGCUUGGUGCUGCACAGGUUCCAGUGCCUUCGUGGGUUUGGAGAGUGGCUCGACUCCAUCCGGGAUUUCUCCACCCAUCUUCAGAGCCUGAACCUGGACGCCUCAGCCUUUUCCUGCCUGGCAGCGCUUGUUCUGCUCACAGAGCAAGUCCCCGGUCUGAGGGACUCGAAGCGGGUGGAGGAUCUGCAGAAUAAAGUCAUUUCUUGUCUCAGAGACCAUCUGGGUUGCGGCCCCUCUUCCUCCUCGUCUAAAGCCGUGCCUCCUUUGAGUCGUAUUCUGGGCCUGAGGGCAGAGCUCCGGUCACAGAGAACCCAGGGCCUUCAACGAAUCUUCUACCUGAAGCUGGAGGAUCUGGUCCCACCUCCUCCUCUGAUUGACAGAUUCCUGGACACUUUGCCCUACUGACCGCCUGGCAUGAUGUAAGACAGAGAGAGAGACCCGUCGUCACGUCAUGUUCAGGCUUUUUUCCCCCUCACGAGGAGCACGUGCACAUGUCCAGAUGAGAGUCAGUAACGCUUGAGUGACGCAGAACAGAGAGAACCAAUCAAAUGCUUUCCUGCUCUCUGGGACGAACGAACGUCAAAGAACGUCUUUUUGCAGAAAUGGACAGCUCUCUAAAUGUUUUCGACAAAUGUAAAAGACAGUUACAAAAACAAUUGUCACUUUUUAUGUGAUUCUCCUGUUUUUGUCACACGGGGGACGAGGUUGAGGUUGAAAUGGACGUGUGAUGUAAAUGAUAUUUACUUUCCUCUUUCUCUGGGUGACAGCUCGUUCAGCACAAAAGAGACAGAGCUUUCCAAGAACUGUUGACCGUGCUCGGGCCUGACUCGUCCGUGACCAGGACGGGUGGAGGCGUGUUUUUUGUGAUCAUAUCGUCAGAGCUGAAGUUUUCCCAGUGAAACGCACCUCUCUGUACAUUCUACUGCCUGCUGAAAGGAAAGGGAACUGGUCUUUUCACGAGGAAAUGUGUCUCUGUCAGUGCGAUCGAAGGCGUGUAGAAAUGUCGUGAAGCAGGACGCGGUUAUCUCAAAGGAAAGACACAGGAAAAUGGCUGUUGUUUAAAGCUCUUGAUUCCAAGUGCAAUUUUCUAAGUGCUUUUCUCCAGCAAGAGGAUAAAACAGAGAGGGAAUGGGUUCAAUUUCAAACGAAAUUAUUUUAAUACAAAGACUUCCUGUCCUGUGUUGUCAGUAGCUAAAAGAAAAGCAGACAGUCUCCUCCUGGCUCUAGAAAGCAGGGGAGAUACUGUGCACUAACCAUUGAUGACUGAGUCACCCAGACUUGAACUUGUUUGUAUUUUUUAAAUAUAUAUAUCAGCUCAUUUUAAAAAUCAUAGGUUACAUAGGAGUGCGGAGGACAGAAAUCUGCUUUUGGAGCACUUACACCCUGAGAAGGGCUAGAGGCACAGACACACACCCCACCUGCUCACCUGGAGGACGGUGCAGAAAAGGGAGCGGAAGGGUGCUCGACAAAUAGCUGUAUGUCAAGGGUCGGAACAUUCCGCAGUCAUGCUCUUCUUCUUCUUCUUCUUUUUUUUUGUUUCUAUUGUGGAGGCUGUGUGAGCGAGUGGAGGACACGGUUACUGUCUUUGUUUGUGCGCUUCGAAAAGCCAGGAUCAUAUGCAUGGUGUGUUAUACGCUGUCGACAACUGCCAUCAAAACAGCUCAACCUGUGUUUGUGUCUCAGAUCGCGGCUCGGCGGGGAUGUCCCCGGGCCUCGACGCCCACUCACAGCAGCAGUUUGAAAUUCAAAAAGAAAAAAAAAAAAGCAAAUUAUAUAGAUAUAAAUAUAAAUAUAUAAAUAUAUACAAAACUAAUAUUUUGAAGUGUUUUUAGCUUUUUUCAAAUAUUGUGGUACGAGUUGUGCAUUGUUUUUUUUGUUUGUUUUUUUUUGAAGAAGAGAAACGAAAAAGGAAAAAAAAAUGGCUGUUUUUUUCAAUGUCUCUCCUUGAUUUGAGUUUCCUGUUUGUUCAUUCUCUUUGGUUCACUGGAUUUUAUGUUCCGCACUUUGAAAUCAUAAAACUAGUUCUGAUUAAUCUUCA